UAAAUAAGUUUGCUUUUAAACCACGUAUUAUAUUUACAAAGUUACACUCACUAGAGUUGCCUUCUCCAGCUUCAAGGUCCGGGAGCCUGGGUUGGGAGGGUAUUGGCUCCAGAGCGAUAAACAGUUCCUGGCUAUCGGGGAGAACGGUUUCAUCCUCCGCCUCCUCAUCUUCCUUGUCCCCAAAAUCCUCAUCCCUGUUGCAUGAGGCUCCCUGCUUUAGGAGUCCACGUACAGGUGUGGGGUAGUGGUAGGGCUCCCCUCUAGAAUUGCAUGCAGCUCAUUAUAGAAGCAGCAUGUCUGGGGGGCUGACCCGGAGCAGCCAUUUGCCUCUUUGAUUUUUUGGUAGGCUUGCCUGAGCGCCUUAAUUUUCACACGGCACCGCUGCCAGUCCCUGUUGUAGCCUCUGUCCAUCAUGCCCUUGGAGAUGUUUUUCAAAUAUUUUGGCAUUUCGUCUUUUGGAACGGAGUUCUGAGAGCACGGAUUCGUCUCCCCAUACAGCGAUCAGAUCCAGUAGCUCCCAUUCGGUCCAUGCUGGAGCUCUUUUGCAAUUCUGGGACUGCAUGGUCACCUGUGCUGAUGAGCUCGCCAUGCUGGCCAAACAGGAAAUGAAAUUCAAAAGUUCCCAGGGCUUUUCCUGUGUACCUGGCCAGUGCAUCUGAGUUGAAAGUGCUGUCCAGAGCGGUCACAAUGGAGCACUCUGGGAUAGCUCCCAGAGGCCAAUACCAUCGAACUGCGUCCACACUAUCCCAAAUUCAACCUGGCGAUGUCAAUUUCAGUGCUAUUCCCCACCUCUGGGAGGAGUACAAAAAUUGAUUUUAAGAACCCCUUAAGUCGACAAAAAUGGCUUUGUCGUGUGGACGGGUGCAGGGUUAAAUCGACCUAACACUGCUAAAUUCGACCUAAACUUGCAGUGUAGACCAGGGCUCAGAGUCCUCUCCUGAGCUUGCAGCAUGCAGAUUUGCAGCAAUUUGGCUUGGCAAAAAGGAAAUCUCUAUUAAACUUCUCCCUUUUCUAGUUAUAAAAUUGAUAAGAUGUCUGGGCUGAUCCUUAACUUUUAUUGAGUGGCAGCAGUGAUCAGUGCUGAAGAGAACAGAAGACAUUGAGUGGGAGUUUUGUCACUGACUUCACUGGAAGUAGGACUAGGCUGUAUGGGACCUCUUCUCAAAACUUGAAGUCCCACUGAAGUCAAUAAGAAAUGCUUUGCGGGACUGGGCCCUAAAUCGGAUGCAGUCGUAUAGAUCAAACAAUGUCAUACAAUGUACAGAAGGUACACACAUUAAAUGAAAGGCUGAAGGUCAAACCUUGUCUGGCCCACAAAUUAAUUAUAUGCAGUUAAUAUUUGGUGGCUUAUCAUUGAAAAGCCUUGUGGAAGGAAUGUUUUGUGCCCCAUUCUGUCCUAUCUUAAAACCUUUUUUCUGUUUGAGACUCAGGAUUAUUAAGACGGAACAAGAGGAUUUCUUUAUAGCCUAUGCUGUUUGGCAGGCCCGCUACUCAUUCCGAUGCUUGGGUAACAAGCUGCUAGGUGCUAUGGUAAUGCAAAUAAUGAAAAUUAAGUACAAUAGACUUAAUUAUUAAUUAUACUUACUUACUUACUUAUACAAGGCUCUUUGACCUUAUCAAAACAGUACAUGAUAAUUUUUCACAAAUUCAGAUUAACUCAUUGAGUUUCCAUGAAACUGAUUUUAAAUCAAGAUUUUUUUUGAUGGAAAACUGUUAAGUUCUACGUGAGCACUACAGACCAAAAUUGACUGCUAUCCCUGAGAAGAUUAUAGAGCUUAUUGGUAGGAAUGACAUAUUCUGGGCUGUAUCAUGGUUUCCAGUAUUCCCCACAGAUUAGAGAAAGUAGUGGAAAACUCAUUAUAUGCAGGACUCCUUAUACUUCAUAGCACAAUGGUGCCAAAUUCUGUGGUGGUAACCCCUAAAUUCCACAACCAUGUUGGUUUAUCCGGUCAUGAUGAAGCCUCCUUUGUUCCCAGCCCCCAAAACACACAGCGAGACUCUGGCAAGGCACUAAUUGAUAUAAACAUUGUUGAUUUUUCUACCAUUAUUAUUGUUUUCAAGGAUGGGUUUUUCAUCGCACUCUCUAUCUGCUACAGAUCCCCAUCUCAGCUCCCAUGACGUUGUCCAGGAGACCCAGCUCAAAACCGCUUUCUCCCAACAUGCCAGGGAAGCGGGGAGCUUGGAGUCAGCUUCUAUAGUUUAUCUCCCCAGCUCUCCAGGUCUUAGGCUAUGUCUACUCCGCGCAUCUUACAGCGCACAGUUGUGCUGCUACAACAGUGCCACAGUAAGGGCUUGGCUACCCUUGCAACUUAGAGCGCAUUAAAGCAGACCCAGACGCCCUAACUCACGACGCGUCCAUGCUGGCACAGCACGUAGAGCCCCUGACUCCACGGCUGGAGCGCUCCUGGUAAUCCACCUCGAGAAGAGGCAUAAUGCUUGCUGCGCCCCAGCUGGAGUGCCGUGGCACCAGUGCGGACGCCUUGGUCUGUUAAUGCGCUCUGAUUGGCCCCCAGAAGUGUCCCACAAUGCCUGUUCUAACCACUCUGUUAGAUGGUUAUCUGGUCAUCACUUUGAACUCUACUGCCCUGCCCUGCCCUGCCCUCAGGUGACCAACCAUCAGACCCGCCCUUUAAAUUCUCUGGGAAUUUUGAAAAUCCCCUUCCUGUUUGCUCAGCAAGGCGUGGAGUGCUCUCAGCAAAUCUUUCCAGGUGACUAUGCUACCACGUGCCAGGAAAUCCCCAGCACGGAGCAAUGGCAAGGUGCUGGACCUCAUCAGUGUCUGGGGGCAGGAAGCUGUCCAGUCCCAGCUGUGUUCCAGCCAUAGGAAUUACGAUACCUUCCGGCAGAUAUCAAGGGACAUGAUGGAAAGGGGCCAUGAUCGGGACACACAGCAGUGCAGGGUUAAAGUGAAGGAACUGUGGAAUGCCUACCACAAAGCCCGCGAGGCAAACAGCUGCUCCGGUGCUGCCCCUGCGACCUGCCGUUUCUACAAAGAUCUGGACGCAAUACUUGGGGGUGACCCCACCUCCACUCCAAGUACCACCAUGGACACUUCAGAGCCCAGAUCAACAAGGCAGGAGGAGGAGGAGGAAAGCGGGAGCAAGGGUGCUGAGGGGGAGGGAGACACCCCGGCAUCGCGAGAUGCGUGCAGCCAGGAGCUGUUCUCAAGCCAGGAGGAAGGUAGCCAGUCACAGCAGCUGGUGCUUGGGGAAGGACAAACACCAGAGGAGGUGCCUGAUGCAACCUUGAGAUCUCAGCCGUCUUUGUUAUCACCGGCCGAAAGACUCCAAAGAAUUAGGAAGAGGCCACGUAGAAGCAAGAAGUAAUGCAGCAGUCCCUUAAUGAAAAUCAAAAAGUGCAGGAGUGGCAGGAGAGUGAAAGGUGGUCCGCCAGCAGAAUGCGAAUCGCCGGCACCAAAGCACGGCUCAGAAGCAUUAUGGAGCGCCAAGGGGACUCGAUCCAGGCACUCGUAGCAAUGCAGGCGGAGUACUACCGCAUCCGCACCCCGUCCCUUGCAGCCGUUGUCUCAAAACUCUUUUCCUUGUGCCCCCAUGUCCACCUCCAACCCACUUUCCCCCACAUCUGGGUUCUUCUCACCACCAGCUGCCUCCAACACCUGUAGCUUCACCACCCAGCCCUGCAAACUACGACCCUUACCCACUGCACUCAACCCACAUCACCAUGCAUAUUAGCCAGCCUGAAGUGCAGCACUCAUUGCACAGCACUCCAGACAGGACAUAAGCAAAUCUGUGAUUGAACUGUUCCCCACCCUACCCCCUUGACCUUUCUGUUUCCCAAGCAGUUGUGUUUCUUUUCAGUAAAUGAAUUUUCUUUUCAAUAAAUGGA